UCUAAAUCGCUUCAGCCAGUCAAAAGCGCUUGGAGUGAGCACCAUGGGAGACCUGGACGACCACACGCCCGAUGAGAUUUACUGCGACAGCCAAGUGUUCGACAUCGACUUCCAUCCACAAGCAGAGAUUGUGGCCGUCGGCUCCAUUGACGGCAUCGUCCAAGUAUACAAAUACUCAGAGGAGGCGAACACGAAGGUGCUGGAGCUCAAGAAUCACCAAGAAGCUGUGAGAGCGCUGCUCUUCGCCCCUGAUGGACAGACUCUCUACACAGCGUCGGCGGACAAGUCGAUUCGCGCCUUUGACACGCUUGGAAAUCCCACGUGGGCCGAGAUGCGUGCUCACGACCACGCGGUGAACCGCCUGCAUGAGCUGUCGGCCAAUGUAUUCGCAAGCGGUGACGACCAGGGAUGCAUCAAGAUUUGGGACACACGGCAACAUCGCUGUCUGGCUGAGUUCACGGAGCACAAGGACUACAUUUCUGGUUUUGCGACGAACCCGGCACAGGACCACUUGCUAGCAACGAGCGGCGAUGGGCGCUUGUCUGCAUAUGACCUGCGCAAGAACGUACUGGCAGGCAAGAGUGACGAGCUGGACGAUGAAUUACUCUCCGUCGCGGUUAUCAAGAACGGCAGAAAGAUUGUAUGUGGUUCGCAAGAUGGUGUGCUGGUGAUUUUCAGCUGGGGGACGUGGGGAGAUAUGUCGGACCGCUUCCCUGGUCACCCUGAUUCUGUCGAGGCUCUGCUUAAGGUGGACGAGGACACUGUUCUGACAGGAUCAAGUGACGGCAUUGUUCGUGUGGUACAGCUACACCCCAACAAGCUGCUUGGACUGAUCGGUGACCACGAAGAUUUCCCAGUGGAAAACCUCAAGUUCUCUCACGAUAAGAAGAUUAUCGGUAGCGUUUCGCACACUAACAAGGUGCACUUCUGGGAUGUGGGCUAUCUUUUCGAGGAGGAUGACGGAGAGGACGACGCAGACGAAAAUGAAGAGAAGGCCCCGGCCGGGUUGUCGAUGGACACUGAGAUGCAGGACGUAGAUAGCGACAGCGAUAGCGAUGAUUCGGGCAUGGGAGACGCAUCUGGUGGUCGCCGGGCGUUCCCUACGGCCAACGAACAGUUCUUUUCGGACUUGUAGAGAAUCCCACUCACGAAGAAUUUGUUGAGACCAACCAUACAAUAUUUUGCAGGGAAUUUUUCUUUACGCA